GAAAAAAAAGUCAACCUCUAAAUUAAAUCAAAGUAAAAAUUUAAAAAGUCAUGAAAUAACUCAAACUGAUUCUAGUAUGAAUGAAGAGGAUGAGUAUGAUAACCAAGAUGAUAAUAGCCUAAAAGUAUUAUGUUAUAACCUGGAUGAAAUGCAAGAAGUUAUAACAAAAAUAAUUGAAGAAGCAGAAGCACAGAAUAAAUCUAUAAAAUUUGUAUACGAGAUUGAAAUAGACCAAGAUAUUCUUUCUACCAUUUCUUUGACUAAACUUGAUUUAGAUAGUAAUGAUCUAAAAACAAUUGAGAAUAGAUUUCUUCAACUUGCCUAUACAUUUAUCAUGCCACUUGAGUUAGAAUCUGGCUAUUAUUGGGAGAAAAAAAUAGAUAGUCAACUACCUAAAAGAGUUAGCGAAGCUCGUGCACCUAUAGAAAGGUAUGCCUGUUUAGAUAAUAUAAAGCUCACUAUAAUUCCAGAAGAGCAAUAUAUUUUAGUUCAAAGACAUCAUAAUGUUGUACAUACAAAACCAACUUACUGGCAAAUAGAGUUUCCAAUCGAAGCAAGAAAAUGGAUUCAAAAUAAUGUUUCAUUUAAUAUAAGAUAUCACAAUUCUGUUGAAGUUAAUUUCAGCUUAAGUGUUUUGCAAGAUAAAUUAGUAGUAAAUCAUAAUAUAAUGAGAAAAAGAAGAGAAAAGUACACUUAUUAUAAAAAAAAAUUUAAUGCUGCAUUAGAACUAUACCAGCAAGAGAUGGAUAAUGAUAACUUCAUAAAAAAUUUUAAUGCAUUGAUGGUAUCAUUAUUGAAAGAGAUUGAAAAAUGCAAAGCAGUAUUACAAGUCUAUAAAUAG